UUUUAGUAAAACAUAAAUGUCUUCCAAGAAGAUCAUUCUUUCAAGAGGAAAGCAUAAAGAUGUAAAAUUUGAAACAGCAGGAAACAGUUAUAAUAUUUCAGAGAAACCUAACCAUACAAGCUUGUAUUCAAGUAUGCCCAGGGGUAGGAAAACACUAUUGAAGGACUCCCAAAACAGGUCUUAUUCAAAUCUUGAACAGAUCGCUCAGAAAACUAUAUUAAGCAGGUCAAGAAAACCUCGAAAUUUUAUCAUAAACUUCAACAAUAGCCAUAAAGGAUUAUGGAAGAGAGAGCUGCUAACCAAGGAUUCUUCACUUGAAAACAAGUUAUACACUGACAGCAGUGAUUUUCAGCCUCGCUACAACAUGAAGUCCCAAAACAGUUUCACUAAUUUUCAUGAGAAAUCCUUGAACACGAGUUUUAACAAUGGAUUUAAUCCAAGAAUAAAGAAGAGAAUCAGUUUGAAAUAGAAAAACAGAACUACAAGAAAAAAUUGAUCAAAUUGAAAUUGAAAUAGCUCAGAUUGCCUAUAAAGAUGCUGAAAAAUCCAAAUCACAGUUUGAACAUAUUGCUAAUAUGCUCAUUGAUACAUUUGAUGAAGUCAAAUUCAUAGGCAAGAUAAAAGAAACACCAGGGAUUGCAUUCAUUGAUAAAAUCUUCAAACUUCAUAACAAGCUAUCAAAUUCUUUGCAUUUGGAAAUUAAGAAGCUGUUGUCUGUUUUAAAUUCGAUGAAAAACACACCUAUUACCUAUAAAUCUCAUAAGUCACAAGAACAGCCAAAGAUCACAACAUACGAAAAUUUAAAAUAAAAUUGACUCCCAAAUAACUAUCUUAAACUCCUUAACCUCUCAGAAUCCUCCUAAAACACCACAAGAACUUUCAAACACUCCUAAAUAAAGUCCUCUCCACAGACGUAGCUCACAACCUUGCUCUUAUCUACGCUGCCCUAAACAACCCUCCUAGUGACCAACUUCUAAAACUGGGGCCACAGGUCAUCUACCGUUCCAAAUUCGAAGACCUCAAGAAGACACUCAAGGGCCAGUUCGAGUCCAUGCAAAGACAAACCACCCAUGCUUUAGCAUCCAAAAUAUUAAUAAAAGCCUCUGAUGCUGACAAAGCCAAUGUCUUGGAAACAGCCGAGGUCGCCAUCCAGACUGAGACCAUGAAUAAGGAAGAGCGCAAGGAGGUCUGGAAAGUCAAAUUCAGAAGGAAGGAUGAACAACUUGAUAAUGCAAUCAAAUAAGCUCGUUAUUAAGGACGUCGAGCUUAAACAGAUUACUGCCACUCAUGUUGCAAUGAAUAAGGUCAUAAUUGACCAAAAGGAUAAAAUGGAAAAACUUGAGGAGACUAUACAAGAUCUUAACAGAAAACUUGAUAUUUUAGAUACAACUGCACUGAAGGAGGAGCUAUCUUCUGAAAAAACUAAGAUUUUGAUAAAAUAACCAAGAAAUCACAAUGAUGGGCAGAAAAAUUAAAGAUUUAAAGGAUCAGAUAGCUCAUUUAGAGGAUUUAUUAUCACAGAAACCGAUUAUUCCUAAGCCUAGUCAACCAAAUCCUCAACAUUUACAGCCAGAAUUAAUUAAUUUGAAGGUAGAGAAAGAUUCUAGGAAAUCUCAAAACAAUUACAGAAAGUUUAAUUGGGAGGAAAUGAAUUCAUAUUCUCUCAAGAAAAAUGAAAUAUAUACCAAACCUCAAAAAAUUGUUCUUAAGGAUCAGACUUACCAGAAAAUAGAAGCUCCCGCAGAGGAGAUAAAGCUGAAUGAGGAUAUCAAAGAUGUUGCCUAUAAAGCUACAAUUUCAUCUCAAACAGAAGGAAUUGAAGAGGUUAAUCUUGCAGAGAAGAAAGAAUUUAUAAAAGCAGAAAUUUCUUCCAAAUUAGAAAAGACAGUUAAGUUUGCUGCAACUGGUGCAGAAGAGAAUCAGCAACAGGUUUCUCAGCUUAAGAAGAGGGUUAAUAAAUCAUUUAUACCAAACAAAACUCGGGAUCUAUCCUCACUCGCACUGAGAAAAGAGGAGAAAACUUUUAGCAAGCUACCAAUUACUCAUAUUAAACCCAAAAAGAAGGAUAGGAAAUUAAGCUCUAAUUUUAAGGUCUCAAAAGUUCCCUCUGUCAAAAGUGAAACUUCUUCAGAACCUCUAAAAAUUAAAUCAGUUCAGCCACAACCUCAUAUUCAAACCCAUAUUCCUCCAACUUUAGCCUUAGAUGAAGUUAAAGAUCUAAAAAUAACUCUCUCAGUUUCUCACUCGGACAGCGAAUUAAUCAAAAGAUCUGAAAAAUACCAGCGUUUGUUCCAUAAGACAGGAGAUCUCCUUGACAGAGACAACAUUUGCAACUCAGCCAGAUCUCCAGCAAAGCCAAAGUGUUUACUAAAAAACUCCCUAGAAUUGGAAGAAAUCCAUGAAAUUACCCCGCCAGGCCAAGGUGGCUUACUCAAGAAGCAGUUCGUGAACUUACUUGGACAGGAACUAAAGUUUUAA